AGACAAAUGACAUAUUUUACAGUUUUACACCAAUAAUACAUUACAAAUACAGUUUUUUUGAUAUUUUUCUACAUACAAAUAUUUUUUUUACACAUGAUUUAGUUCUUCAUCACACAUUGAUAUAAUAUUAAUUUUUAAAAUUAAUCUGUUUGAUAAUCAUUGAUAGUACUAUAAAACCGGCAACUCUGCUGCCUUCUCAUCCUUUUAUAAUUCGUUAGUCAGUCAGCUGACUUAAGACGAGAGGCCUUUAUUUACAUUACAUUCGCAUGAUAUGUUAAAAUAACUGCUAGAAGUUUUUUAAAAAAGUAGUGGACAUGCCUGAACAAACUGUUGAUAUGGUGAAGCAGUUGAAAUGGGGUGUUGCCGGGGUGGGGAUGAUCUCGCACGACUUUCUGACGGCGCUGGCCACCCUGCCCCCAGCCCAGCACAAGGUCGUCGCCAUUGCCGGCAAAGACCUAGAUCGUGUUCACAGAUUGGCCACGCUCCACAACAUCAGCACGGCAUACGAAGGUUACGACGCGCUCGCGCGUGAUGACUCUAUAGACAUCGUAUUCGUGAGUGUUCUGAACUUGCAACACUACGAAAUAACAAAAUUAAUGUUAGAGAACGGCAAGCACGUGCUAUGCGAAAAGCCCAUGGGCAUGACUUACAAACAGACAAAAUCAUUAGUGAACUUGGCUCGCGAGAAACAACUAUUCCUCCUAGAGGGGAUGUGGUCGCGGUUCUUCCCGGCUUACGACGCUUUGGACAAACACAUUGCCGCGGGCGGGCUUGGGGACAUCUUUCACAUCAGCAUACAGUUUGGGGUGCAAAUUAACGACAUUGAGAGGAACCUAAUGAAAGACCUGGGCGGCGGUGCCGUGCUGGACCUCGGCGUGUACAUGCUGCAGCUGAUCCAGAUGGUGUACAAGGAGCCGCCGACGGACGUGGUGUGCACGGGCCACCUCAGCGCCGCGGGCGUGGACGAGUCCAUCUCCUGCGCGCUCAAGUACAAGGACGGCCGCACCGCCACGCUCGCCGCCCACACCCGCGCCAACAUGAACAACCGGGCGGACAUCGUCGGCACUAAAGGGACUAUCGCUCUGGAUUAUUUCUGGUGUCCAACAGUUCUACACAUAUCUGCCGCCAAUAGUACAGAAUGGACAUUGCCCAAGGGGAAGUACAAGUUUCACUUUCACAAUAGUGCCGGACUGAGCUACGAGAUACAAGAGUGCUGGAACUGUAUUAGCCAAGGUUUACUGGAAAGUCCCAAAAUGAGUCUCGAUGAAAGCGUGCUACUGUCAAAACUGACGGAUACCAUGAGAGCUCAAGUGGGUGUACUGGAAACAGGAUUAUAAAAUUAUUAUCUUAUAAUUAACCGUGUACUACUGGUUUUCAUACGAUAUAUUUUUAUUACAUGAGAAGAUAUAAAUAUUUCAUGCAUUUUAAAAAGUAUGAGACAGUACUGCGCGAUGUUUAAAGACAGUAUUUAAAAUGCCAGUAUGCAGUUUAUUUAUGAGAAAUGUAUGCUGGCAUGUAGUUAGAUGAAUUAUAUAAAAUUGCUUUAAUUACGUAUUACGCAAAGAAUGUAAGGAAUGAGCUUCGCGUUGUGAUAUUUUUACAUUUUUGACUAGUAUUCAUAAAAGUUGCAACUUUGCCAUUAUAAAUUUUGUGCACUAUUAAAUGUUGUUAAAAUUGUUGUUACGCGAAAAUGAGAUUUAUAAUGUAUGCAAGACUAUAAGAUACUUUGUCGCUUUUGUGGCGUUGCUUUUAAUACAAUGCAUGUUUGAUGCAACUAUACAUUGCCGUUGAGUGAGUUCCCACCGAUAAAGAAUACCUGAUAAUAAAUUGAAAAUCUAAUACUUAAAAAAAAAUAAGAAUUGGCUAAGUAAAAGCAUCAAAUUAUUGUAACGCUCAAAUUAUCAGUAAUGUAUUAACACAACUUGUAUAUAAGACCCAGCAUCGGCUGUUAAUUUUAACCCCCUUAUUCAUAGACGUUAUUUAUCUAAGGACAGAGCAUUGCUGUGAUAACAAGUCUGUUUCUUAGUCCUGACGGUAUGGCAGCCUUCGCAGUGCGUAGACAUAGGGCCGUUGUGAUUGGCUAAUAUUGUGAUAUAACUUGAAUCUAAUUGGCUGUCAGAUAUACAAAGUUGAACAAACAGCCAGCUGUCAGAUAUACAAAACUGAGAAACAGACUUGUUAUCACAGCAAUGCUCCAUCCUUAGAUAAAUAACGUCUAUGAAUAAGGGGACAAGUCUAUUACAUGUUAUUCUUUCAGAUGUUUGUUCUCACAAAAUGUCUCGUUGUAUCAACUGGAAAUAUAUUUUUAAUAAAGCAUACUGUUACAUAUACUUGUGACAACGCUAUUUCACGCGUUUACUUAUCUUUUAGUACAUAUUUACCUCAACUAACUGUGAUUCCGAUUGCGUUGUGAAACGUUUGUUAUUUAAUAUUUAAAACAGUUAUUGUAACACAUACGUAUUUUAAACUCGAGCAAUAAAUAUAUUUUCCAAAUUUA